CACAUUUUAACAGGUUCUUACCGCCGCUGGAGCUCCACCGGGGGCCGCGCCAUAUCCAGGAUAGGCCAUUUUUCAAGCUGUUCUUUAUAAACCAGUAAAACGGAGGAAUCUAGUUGAAUUCUGCACCGCGGCUCUCUCUCCCUACAGAGGGCGGGUCUGCAGAUGUAGCCUACGCCCGAGAGACGAGCAAAGUUCGGGUUAUAAAGUGCUGUAAGUCAGCCUGAAGCACGGAGGCGGCUGUUAACCUAAAUGUCCAGAGCAGAGAAGGGGAGGAAAUGGGAGGAAACAGGUAGAAAAACGUGAAUCCUGUGGGAUCGUGGUUAAAUAUCCUGUUUCCUCAGUGCGACCCAAACCUCUACAUUCUGAUUGGCAGCGAGUAACCACAUGACCUGUAAACGACCAAUUGCAUCAAAGUGCUGGCUACAAGCCAAACACCUUGCGCAGCGAUGAAAAACAAUUAAACUCACAGUGUUCACUAUCUGUCAGGACUGUCCUCCAGACGUAUACCAGUGUUUCGUGUCCCCGGAGUUCCACCCUCAUUUCACCUUCUUGUUUGGAUUUAUGGACUCGUCACUGGCAUGAUCCUUGGAUCCAUGGAAGGCAUUACAUCAGCAGCUGAGACAAGCUGCCCAAUCAGCUUGUUCUCUAAAGUGACACAUGCAGUCACUCCUGCUGCGUCCAACUCUGGUCCAGAGAAAACCAUCUGUGGUUUCAGAGGCAGAGCUGAAAGGAAGAGGAGUGGAGGGCACGGAAGAUCGAGCUCGGGCUGCGAUGUACAGACUUAAUCCUGACUGUUGGGUUUGGUCGCCCAGACCUCCUCUGCGUCUCCUUCCUCCGCAUACAGGGAGUGUUGCUUCAGACAUGCUGAGCCACCAGGAGGAGGAGGAGGAGAAGGAGGAAGAGGCAGGAGAGCAUCCUGCUGUUUGCUGCUACACCACAGGUUGUGAUGACAUCAUCCGCCGGGCUGCUGAUGCUCAGUGGUCCACCUCUGAAACUCCCAUCCACUCAGGGGUUCCCAGCAGCUCUGGACUUGCUGGGCGAGGUCCUGGUGCUCCUUCCUCACAGCAGCCAAAAACAGAGAUCGAUGCUGAUGAUGGAGAUGUUUCGCGGCAUUUCAUUGGCGGUUGUUGCUGGGAGGGUCCCGGGAUGGAGCCCCGGGGAUGUGUAUGUGCUUAUGGGCAGAGGGAACCAGAAGGUUUGGGUUCCUGUUGGCCUGGAUCUCCAUACGUUUACUACGGAGUGAGGAGGAACCUGGUGGUUGGAGUGCAGGUGGUGGAGGAGGUCGCUGUUGAAGACACUCUAGAAGUAAUAACAGAGGACAUAUAUACAGAUGAUCUGAUGGAUCCUGAAGUGCUGCAAGACGCCCAGCUGUACCCCACAUGAGCCCCGAGUAACUUUCAGCGUGUCCUGUUUGGACUGUAUACACUGUAAACAAAGAUAUU